AAAGAAGAACACAAGAUUGCUUUUUUUGGCGAGGAUGUGCACAUCCCUCUCCCAUCCCUAGACAGCACUGAGGUUCUCUUCAAGCCCGCCUCCAACCCCACCGCCGAGGUGGUCCUGAUGAGGGACGGGCGGGUGGUGAGCCACCGGGCCCAGCUUAACUCCCUCAAGCACCUCAUCCUGGAGGAUGUGGGGGAGGAGGACGAGGGCAUGUACAUGAUCAAGAACACCGAGGCGCCUGCCGAUGUCAAACACAUCAUCCUCCUCGUCAGGGGUACUGUUCUUCUAAUUACUGUACAGUUAAAUCAUCUUCAGCUCUUUUAAUUCUUCAAACUUUUCUUCUAACGUUGUAAUCGACCUGUUUGUAUGCUUGUUCAUAUCGUUGUUUAUCUAAUACAUUCACUAUCUAAGAUUGUAUCCUAACUCUGCGCAAACAAUGUAACCCUUAGAGGCAGAUAUCGAUCUAAAUGAGAGUUUCUUGCAUUGUUGAGGUAGUUGCAUUUGGUCUGCAAUCGAUUACGAUCACUGUUCUGAUGCAAGUGCAACUGUAUAGGAAUAAAAUACUCCCCCUGAGCCCAGAGUGAUAGUACUGUGCUCCUUGGCAGAUUGUGCGCUGGAGCAGGUGGUCAAAUACGGUGAGACAUACCACAUCCCACUCAGUGACAUCUUGGGCCCUAUCACCCUGGAGUUCAGGCCCAUUCAAGUCCAGGCCAAUCAGACCACAGAGCCACCGGCGGUAGUGCUGCUCAACCAGACCUCCAUCCCCGCGGAGGAGUACAAGGGUCGUCUGAGUGUGUCCGAGAAAAGGGUGACUCUAAGCAUGGUGCGGGGGACAGACGAGGGAAGCUUCACCGUACUGGAUCGCGACGGGAAAGUCAGGAGGAGGUCAUGCCUGAACGUGAAAGGUGAGAUGAGGAAGACCAAAGUCCGAGAGGGAGCGGUCAAUGUCCGAGAGGGAGUGGUCAAUGUCAGAGAGGGAGUGGUCAAUGUCAGAGAUGGAAGGGAGAUAAUACAUGGUCUAGGGGUUUUUAAAUUGUGGUUAGGGGUGUGGGCAAAAUAUGGUAGACAAAGCUUGAAAGACACAGGCCAAGGUAAGAGCAAGCAGAAUAGUUUGACAACUUUGUCCUUUUUAUCUUUCCCCUUUGUUCCAAAGAGCACCAGAACUUCGUCCACCUAUCAUAUGGCAGUACUUUGAAGAUCAACCUGUUUGUGGACCACACCAAAGUCAACCUCCUGUACACUCCAGACUGGGACCGGAAGGACCGGGUCAUACUGGAGCAAGGAGAGCUAGUGGUGCCGGUGGACCCAUCACUGGACGGCAGGCUGACUGUAGAAGGCUCCAUGUGCAUUCUGGAGAGGGUCCGGGUCAGUGACAUAGGGCUCUUCAGAGUGACAGACCUGUUGGGGUUCCCUGUGACCAACAUCUUCCUGGAGGUGGAAGGUAAACCGUUGGUCAGGGAGGAGAUUAGGGCUUUAACAUAUGGAUCCAUGUAUCACCUCUUUUAAUGCUCUUUCCCUUCUUCUUUUAUAUUUCACUCUAUUGUUUUCAUGUUGGAACUCUCCACAAUCGCCUCAGGUCAUCCACCUCUCCUCUCCUCUUUUCUUGUCUUUCCUUUCUCCUUCCUCUCUCUCUUCUUCCCUCUCUCUUUCAGCCUAUAAGUUACCCACGCUGUAUGUUGCAAUCCUCUCCUUGCUGGGCCUCCUGGUCCUCCUCUUGCUGGUGUGCCUGCUCUCCUGCCUGAUCAACGUGCGCCGUCGGGCGGAGAAGGCGAGGCAAAUUGCCUUCAUUGCCCAGCAUGCGGGCAAGGGGGAUGGAGACGCAUUCGUCAAGGUAACUCACCGUAUCGCUUCCUCAACAGGGGUGAAAACGUUAAGACACCAUGAUCCAACCCUUUUACUAUAGUUAAACAGCAUUUGCUUUAUAUUAUCUGUAUGCUAUUCUCAUGUCAAAACACUUAAUUUACUAACAAUUAUCGGCUAUUGUCUCUUCAAUAGCACAGUUUUCAUGUUUUGGUUAUUAAUGAAUAUUUUGGAACCAUGUUCCUAUGAUUGUAGGCCUAAUAUACUGGUAGACCAUAGCACACUGCGACAAUGGCUGAAUAUGAUUCCAAAAUGAUAAUGCUAUAUUCCUAUUACACAGGUCGCAGAUUGUAAAGUGAUUGUUAGAGAAAUAAUGGUGAUGGUAACCCCUCUUAAACGGAUAGUGAGACAUUUGACAAAAUGACGUAUUGGAUUCCUUACCCUGUAAGCAGUCUAUGUACAAGGUAUGACAGCAAUCCAUGCUUUGGUUUUGUGUACCUGGCCACUGUUUCAACUCCUAACCUUUUAGCAUUAGUGGCACAAAUCCAAUGCAAGUCAAUGGGAACAACAUUAGUAUUUUCGCGCUUAAUGUCCAAAUCAUCCUAAAGUAUCUUAAAAUUGGUUUUAUAACUCAAUGUUAAUGUUGUUCCCAUUGACUUGCAUUGGAUUUGUGCCACAAAUGCAAAGAAGUUCAACAAAACCAAAGCAUGGGUUGCUGUCAUACCUUGUGAUAGACUGCUUACAAGGUAAGGAAACCAAAAUGUAAUUUUGUAAAAUGUUAAGUAUGGUCAAAGAAAGAUGUCAGUAUCUAACUGUAUUUGUGAGCGUUUGUGUGUACCUUUGUCUGUCCUGCUCUCUUUUCCUCAGUGUUCGUCUUUAGUCUUGACCUAUAAGCCUCAGAUAAAUAUCUUUAAUUAAACUUAAGGUCCUUUAAUUUAAUUAAUUCGCUGGAAUUCACCAUGGAACAAAACCUGUCUGCCCAAUGUCGGAUUCCUGGAUGUGUGAUGCUUUGAAUCACACAAAAUGAGAUCAUCCAUAUAUCAUUAGUCAUCACUCUCUCCACAUUGCAGAUUCCAUCAUAGUGGUCAUUUCAAGUGUUUUGUCUGCAGCCCACAAUGUUGCCAUUGUCACAAAAUGAGAUCACCCAUACAUCAUCACGCACUCCAUACUGCAGAAUCCAUCAGUGGCCAUUUUAAGUAUAUUGUACAUUUGCAGCCCACAAUGUUGCCAUUGUCCACCCAUCACCUUCAUCUCAAUCCUUAUGUAUUUGGUCCACCCAAUGGAUGUCAGCCUAAUUACAAGUUUGGGGAAAAUAUAGUUAACGAUUUGCCUUUGGUUACGUUUCUCCCUCUUAAAGGAGCCUCCGACGGAGCCUCUGCUUGGUGAGAGAACUGUGUUCUGGUUUCAUUCCGUAGUGUUAAGUGGAUGAAUCUGUAUUGGUGUUUGUACUAACGCUCUGGGGAUGGUCAUAGCGUCACUAUGCUGUGUGGGCCUCAUACCACCAUCAGUGAUUAUUUGUCUGUACCAUCCAUUCCUCACCCCUCCCUCCUUUCGCUAAUCUCCAAGCUGACAAAUAACUGCAGUUACUCAUUCAUGAUAAUUCAUGAUAACUGCAGUCAUAGCCUCAGUGCAAAUAAGCAUACAGAUGCAGCCGUCCAAUACGAUUCAGCUAUUCUCAAGCACAUAUGCACAUAUAUUAUUGUUGGGGGCGGAGUUACAAGGUAAACAUGUAUUUAUGUGUAUGUGUGAGUAUGUGCUGAUGUGUGGUGUGUGUGUGUGUCUACUGUGCGUUUGUCUAAGACCGGGGCAGUAGCGAUUAACAUAUCAAUUGGCUUGGUGAUACUGGACUAGAUCUACCACUUGUUUUCUUGAUUAUAUGCUGUGGUACAUUGUGAAUUGCACAUUAGGAACCAGGAUAUGUACACCUAGUUAGUAGCACACUUACAGUAGCCUACAUGAAGAGUAUACAGACAUAAUGUGGGAUUAGGCUGUAUAAUACACUGGAUUAAGUUGCCACCUGGACUAAGAUUAUCACAGAAAUACACUAUGGUAUUAUAGCAAUUAGUGUUCUCUAGUAAUGGAACACUGUGGAGAUGAGUUCAUAGACAUCCAUUACUGCAUCAAAUAACUACUGUACAUCGAUCAAGAGCGUUGUGCAUUAUGACAUCAUGUAGUUUAAGAGUACACACUGGGUGGGUUCUCUGGACACAGAUUACUCCUGGUCUAAAACACAUGCUCAAUGGAGAAUCUCUGUUGAGGAUGCUUUUUAGUCCAGUUACAGGCUUAAUCUGGGUUUGGGAAGCCGGGCCAAUUCAAGUACUGUAGUAACUAUUCAAAGUAUGCGACACUGUACAUCCAAGUAAGAUUGUAUUCUUGAUUACCAAAAAUUGAGGGGAACUCUAUUGCUUAAUCAGCUACUAGCCCAACAGAAAUAUGUGUCAAAGGUGUGCCAUUUCUCUUUGUUUGUAUUUGUAUUUGUCUGUGUCUAUGUGUGUGUCUGUGUAAUUUUUGUACACCUGAUGCUAUACAUUUUUGUGUUUGAAAGUGGUGUACCGUAGAUAAUUUACAUGUAUAUAUUGUGACAUGAUGUGAGGGGCCUCUACUGUUCUAAUCCCCCUGUAAGGUGUUUGCUCUGGAUGUUUAGACGACACUAUUAAGAUGUAGCGAGGCUUCAUGUCCCACUUCAUUAUGGAUUUCUGGAGACUAGGCGACAAACCUGGACAGCUUGUCUGAUUGCUGUGGGGACUGCAAAGGCAGUUUCCUUAGCGUUCCGACAUAAAAAUUGAUUGAUCUACCUCAUCUCUCUCUCGUGACAUACACACUAGAAUGCGAUACCCUGUUCCGCAAGAACGAUGGCUCCCUGAAGCCUGGUCCUUUAAACUUCCAGGGUGUUCUUUUCACGCCAACAACUCCAGUCUCUCAACUUGUCACUAUAUAUACACACCUUACGAACUUAUACAUCUAUAUAAGAGCUUCAUGUGCAGUACAUGUGCUUUUUUUGCGCCAACUCCUAUUUACCUGUAUGUAUUUUUUAUGACGCGCAGUAUACAUGAUGAAGUGAACUUGUGAUUGCUACUGUAAUGUGCUUGCCGUGGGUUCCUGCUAAAAUACGACCCUCUUGUGUUGUUGUUGGUGGUAGGUUGUUCAAGAGGCCUAUACACGGUUCGCUGAGGAGUCCACUUUGGCGUCUACGUGGGACAACAGCAAUGCUACAGAAAGCACUGAGGUCACUAUCAAGGUAAGCAGGGCUCAGGGAAACAUUAUAGGGUGGGAAGUGGCCUACCGGUGAACAUGUUAAGUUGCACGAGGAAAACAGAUUUCACCAUUAUAAUUGCAAAUGUUUUAAAUAAAGACAGACAUAAACAAAAAUACUGGGGCAAUGUUUCCAUAAAAUAAGCAGUCUCCAUGCCAAGCAGUACCUAAUCUACAUUUGCAGAAACAUAGGAAAUGAAUCAUUCAUGUUCCUUUUUUGCUGAACCUUUCUUUACUCUCUCCUCCCCCACGUUACUUUCCUUCCACAGGGUCUAGAGGUAUCCAAAGCAGGCCGCUACCACACUCUCUCCUCGGACAAGAACUUCCUGGAGAUGAGCGACUCGGGGGUAGAGUUCAACUCUUCUGCCCUCCCGUUGGACAGCGAAUGCGAGACGGACAUACCCCAGACCUUUACCUCCCACAAGCUGCUUCUCAACAACUCUGACAGCGUGGCCGCCACCGUCAUCCCCGAGGGAGACCAAAGCGCCAACCGGACCCCCGACUCGGCCAUGAGCCCCAGCCCUGUGACCCAGGUCCGCUCUGAGGCCGAUGCCCCUGAAGAAAACCUGAUGGGUGUCAGCACUCCAGAGCCUGCUGAUAAAGCAAGCAGCCCAUUGGUUCCCAAUGCCACUGCAGAGAGCACCACCACCUGA